AUGGCUGGUCACGGAUACCCCCCAGAGGGCCCGCCUAACGGCGAUGGCGAGUAUGGCGAAGAGUGGGCUCGCGAUCUCAGGGUAAAAUUCGAGUCACUGCUUCGCGACAAGCGCAUGAACGAAUUACGAUCGUCUUCCCGUCAAGGUACUCCUCAACCCAGAGAGCGGGUGAGCAGUGCCAACCUCCGCGGCCUCGCAUCCCCCGGACCCGGUCGGCCUUCAACUUCCCAUAGCAACGCCUCAACACCCAUGCCACCGACACCGCCCGCUUACUCUUCCAUCCGUCAUCUUCCCAUAAUUCCUACCCCACCCGCAGCCAACGAUCGCGAGUCUCAAAAGUUUCGCAACCUUCUCAUCAGUCUUUCUCUCACCCCGACCAAGUACGAGAACCCCGGUUUGUUGGAUGAGGCACUGCAGUGUAUACCGCUCGACCGGAUAUACGGCGAGGCGGAGGAGGAAUGCCAAGUGAUGCAGGCCGAGGCCGAGAGUAUGGGUGACGGACGUAAAGCUACCUGGGGUUACCAAGAUUGCGUUAUCCGGGCACUCUUGAGAUGGUUCAAGAGAUCAUUCUUCACGUGGGUCAACAACCCACCCUGCCCCGUCUGCCUUUCGCCCACCAUCGCCCAAGGCAUGACCGCACCGACACCCGAUGAGAGCGCCUGUGGUGCCCUACGAGUUGAACUGUAUCGCUGCUCAGCUGGCGAUUGUGGUGCCUACGAACGGUUUCCGAGGUACGGUGAUGUGUGGCGGCUGCUGCACACCCGCCGAGGCCGUGUUGGCGAGUGGGCCAACUGCUUCAGCAUGCUGUGCCGAGCUGUUGGAGGCAGAGUCCGUUGGGUAUGGAAUGCCGAAGACCACGUAUGGACUGAGGUAUAUUCAGAGCACCAGAAGCGAUGGGUCCACGUCGACGCUUGCGAGGAGGCUUGGGACAACCCGAGGCUAUACACCGAGGGCUGGGGCAAGAAGAUGUCCUACUGCAUAGCAUUCUCUAUCGAUGGCGCCACCGAUGUCACCAGACGCUAUGUCCGCAAGAACGAACAGUCCGCCGAGCGGAAUCGUUGCCCCGAGGAGGUUCUACUUUACAUCCUGCAAGAGAUUAGGAACCUUCGUCGCAGCAACAUGGGCAAGGACGAAAGAUUCAGACUCGAAAAGGAAGACAGCCGGGAGGAUCGCGAACUGCGUGGAUACGUCAUCAAGUCCAUCGCUCAGGCUGUUACCGAGCUCGUUCCUGGCAUGCCCAGCCCUUCCACCAGCGCUCCUGCCCAACAAGCCCCACCGAGGCGCGACGACACCAAGUUGCCUGCUGAGCAACCUGGACGACAGACGGGAUCUGCUGAGUAUCUAGCCGCCCAGGCCAAUGCGAGGAACCAUCAUCAAUUCCCUCCGCACGACCCGAACCGCCGCCGUGAUCUGCCUUGA